AUGUCAUUCGGAAAAUUAUAUCACCCUCUUCGCAAAAUUGUCAAUCCCGUGGCUCCAACAUGGGAUGAUUUCCUCGAGAUGUUGGGACGUUCCAAUGACCAGUUUGAAGAUUUCAAAAAUUCGAUCUAUGGUGUCUCUGAUGAUUCUCCUCAAGUCAUCACUCCAUUUGAUGGUACCUCUUAUAAUACGGCCCGUGCGGAAUCUGACGUAGCGUUCAAAACUUAUCCAUUGCUCAUCGUCUACUGUCGCUGCGUAAGUGAUGUUGUGAAUGCUGUUAAAUUUGCAAAGAUGGAUCCAUGGAUCAAGGUGUGCGUCAGGGCUGGCGGACAUAAUACGGCUGGAUAUUCUGUUAUUCAGAAUGGAAUGGUGAUUGAUGUAUCCGGCAUGGACGGAAUCCUUAUUGACCCUGUGAAAAAAGAAGCAAUAUUCCAGGCCGGAGUCAGAUGGGGAAAGGCCAACACUGAAUUGCAAGUCUAUAACCUUCAUACUCCAGGCGGAGGUUGUGAUGACGUCGGUAUAGCUGGAUUUUCAAUGGGUGGAGGUUAUGGCUACACGGCACUAAAGCACGGAAUGGCAUGCGAUAACAUCAUCGAGGUGACGAUGGUCACGGCGGAUGGUCAAAUAGUCAAGGCAUCAGAAGAAAACGACCCUGAUAAAUUGCUCUGGGCAACCAAAGGUGGAACGGGAGGUAACUUUGGGGUUAUGGUAGAUUUUAAAUUCCGACUCUAUGAGAUUCCCGAAAAGGUUUAUACGAUUGAAUUGAACUGGCCAAUCGACAUGGCAGCCAAAGUUUUGACCACCUGGCAAAACGAAAUGACUAUUACUUUGAAUGAUCGUAACCUUGGUAUAUUAGGCUUCCUUGCCAUGGAUGCCGAUACUGAAGAUAGGAAGGCGGCAACCCCAUAUUUCUGUAUUCGUGGCAUCUAUUCCGACAAGGAUGCAGCGGCUGGCAUGGCAUCAUUGAAACCAUUGCUUGAUAUUGGAGGGUAUGAACUUCCUUCUGGACAGCCGCCCCUUUUUGAUCCAAAAUCUUUGGUUCCAUACGCAUAUGCCAAUCAACAUCUAUUGGAUGCGGUUGAGGGAUCGAUACCAUCAACUGCAAAUGAAACGAAACGAUGUGCAUACAUUGAAAGGCAACUAUCGGAAGAAGAAUAUCAACAGAUAGUUAACUAUUUUGUAACAGCGCCAUGCGGAUAUAACAUUGUAUCCAUGGAGCCUUACGGUGGACGCAUUAAUGAGAUUCCAUCAGACGAGUGUGCUUUUGUUCAUAGGAACGCAUAUUUUGAUAUUUUCGUGGACUCGUUUUGGAUUAAUGACAUAGAUGAAAACCAGGCGCGAACAUGGUUGCACGACUUUUUCGAGGGGGAAGAGUUCCAGAAUAUUUGGUCAAACCAUAUUUAUCAGAAUUACAUGAAUUCAGAAUACAAAGACUGGGCAGAUGCGUAUUUUGGUGAAAAUUACCAGCAAUUGCGAAAAGUGAAAACCAUAUUUGAUCCCAAAUCCUUCUUCAGUUAUGAGCAAGGGAUUCGUCCUUUAGAUAAUUGA